AUGGGCUCCUGUCUCUCAACAAGCAAGACGUUCCAAGGCGAAGGACGAACGCUCAACGAGCCAGCGUCCUCCCCUUCCCCUGCUGCUUCAGCACCAAAAGCCAGUGGAGGACAACGACUCGGCGGUAGCAACCCUGCCUCCCAGCCGAGCGCGAGUGGUGGUGAUGCUGGAAGCACAUCAGCUGCAGAGAGAGAAGCAAGAGCUAGAGCAGCCGAACGAAGGAUGUCUCAACAAGCGGUGAAGGGCAAUCCCAACCAGGGCAAGCUGAGUCAAAAGCUGGAGCAGCAGAAGCAAUCCAACGCGUUGCACCAGAAUGAUCAGCAGCCAGAACGAGUCGUUUGGGAUUGA